UCAAAAAACUACGCUAAGAUGUAUCAUAAUCAACCUGCAGAAAUAUAAAAGAGAAAAUCUUGAAGAGAGCCUGAGGAAAUAAGUACCUCACCUAUAGAGGGACAAGAAUAGAGAUUCCAGGACUCCCAUCAGAUCCCGGGCUCUUAGACUUAAAUCAUGCCUAAGUUCAAGCAACGAAGAAGAAAGCUAAAAGCCAAAGCAAAAAAAUUAUUCAAAAAAAGAGAAGCCUCUCACUUUCAGCCCAAGCUAAUCACACCUCCUCCGCCACCACCCUCACCAGAAAGAGUGGUUAUUCCUUCAGCAGAUACUUCCCUUAGCAGAAGUUGGCUAAGACCAUCCUGGAACUUUAGACUUCCUAAUAUCAAAGAUACUGUAAAACUUUGGACAAAUAGAGCGUGGUCUAUAUACAAUUGGUGCCAGAACUGCAUGGCCCAGAGUUUAGAAGUAUUGAAAGACACCAUCUUUCCAUCCCGUUUCUGCCGCCGAGAACUCCACAGUCUAAAACAACGGUUUUGCAUUUUGGAAAGUGAAUUAUGCAAGCUCCAGGAAACACUGAAGACUGUCUUGGAAAAUUCUUCCUGCCCAAGCUGUGGUCAAACCUGUCACAUAAGUGGUAAACUCAAAAAUGUGCCCGCCCGCGUGCUAAACACCCCUGGAGAAUCUCGAGCGAUACUUCCUCCCACAUUGCCACAGCCAGCCACCCCUACUCCUGCUCUUCUUCCUCCGCCGCCCCCGCCCCCUCCACCUCCUCCUCUGCCUCCGCCUCCGCCACCCACAGCACCUGUGCUGCUCAGAAAAUCCGAUCGCACUAAAGCCCUGCAGGCUGGGCCAUUAAAAAGAGAUGGACCCAUGCAGAUAACAGUUAAAGAUCUACUGACUGUGAAGUUAAAGAAGACACAGUGUUUUGAUGAAAGGAAGAAGCUUACACCAUCACCAAAGGCACAGAAUCCACUAGUUACUGUCUCCGACCUGCAGCGUGUCACCCUGAAGCCCAACUCCAAAGUACUAUCAACUCGAGUUACAAAUGUCUUGAUGUAAGGAACUACACUGUGUUAUGCUCCACUGUUACUUAAAAUAAUGUUUUGUUUUGUUUUGUUUUGCCUAUCUCUAACUUUAAAAGUUGUAUAUGCUCAUUGUAGAAGACUGGAAAUCCACAGAAAGGUUACAGAAGAAAACGGGGGUGCCUGGGUGGUUCAGUCAGUUAAGCAUCUGCUUUCGGCUCAGGUCAUGAUCUCAGGGGGAGUCUGCUCAUCCCUUUGCCUCCCUGACCCUGUUCAUAUUCUCUUUCUCUCUCUCUCUC